AUGGAUUGCUUCAGGGAUAGUAAAAAUGUUGAAAGAGAGGUGGUUUCAAAAUUAAAGUCUAUGUUGGACGAUUGUAACGUACAUGCUAAAGCCUUUAGAAUGUCAAGGGAUAUAUUGAAGGCUAAUUCAUUCUUAGAAUUGAAGUUGAAGCUUAUUGCUGCUAGACCAGAGGAUGGGCGUGUCUAUAACAGGCCGUCUAUUUUUGAAGUUGUUGUACUCAUUGUUGGUGAUAUUGAUGUGGGUUCUCAUAGAGAAAUUAUUAUCCAAGCAUGUGAUGGUAAUUUGCAAAGAGUAGAGGAAUUGCAUUCGAGUUACCUGAUAUACCAAUACCCUUUGAUAUUUUUCUAUGGUGAAAAUGGUUACAGGGAUAACAUACUUCACAAGUAUAAGAACGGACAUUUGGUUACAAGAAAAAAUCUAUAA